CACUAAUUUGUACAUAGCUUCUUUUGUUCGUCAUUCAUUUUAUGCAUUUUGUUACUCUUUUGACGGAAGACAUCAUGAAAGUUUCCUUGUCAGCCAUUGUACUGGCAUGCGGUUUGCAGGUCGCGAUUGGUGCUGCGGUCGAGGAGAGGGGAUUGAAUUGUUCAGCAAGACGUCAAAUUGCCACUUUCGACGACGUUCCUGCUUUGCCCAUCAGCACUGUGGACUUGGGUUGGACCUCAGGCUUCAGCCCAUACUUGGACCUCAACUACACCCGCUUCGCAGUCGCCGCCCAGGGUACUACAAUUGGCAAUAAUGCGCUGUAUUAUACCAUGUCGCGCCUUGCUCCUGGUACUUGGGACUCUUGGUGGCCAGCGCUUGCUGAUUUGAUCGGGCGGAAUGGGAGUCUUCCCCUUCUCGCAUACCCUCCGUCCAUUAUUGGAGCUGCUCCUCAAACAUAUUUCAAGCUUAAUGCCUUCCAGUUCGGCUGCGGUGUCCGACAAAGUGUUGCAAACUUUUUGCCGUUCGAUUGCCGAAUCAUCGUGCGCCCCAUUACUCCAUCGCUCAAUAACCAUUAUUACGUCUGCGAUUUUGUCCCCAAUGGAAACGCCACUUUGCAAACUUGUCGCCCCAACACCUUACCCGUUGGUAACGGCUACACCUUCCAGACUGUGGGACGUGUCGGCGAAAACAGCUGGUUUAGCUCACGGUCCGACCUCUUCAAUCCGCAAGUCGUGAACACUCUUUUUACUACUAUCGACAACGUGGACUAUACCGAGUACUGUGUGCCUUCGGUCCAAUAGGUCGCUCGGACGCGGCAAGAAAGUGGAAGUCUAUCAAGGCAUGAUAUAAAGUAUUGCUAGGCUAUAAAUUGUAAAAAUUUCACGUCAUAUGAUCCAAUAUAACAACUACGGAACGAGUUCGUUUACACAGCUAGUUCCCAAGACGUUGUUGUAAAUCCCGUUUGUUAGUUAGUAAGAUUGAUAUUAAUCGUCCAGUAUCUCGAACGGGAUUUGGUUUAGACUAAUUAUCGCUAACGUCGACAGUCUGAGAAGAGCAUCCAUAAACAGGGCGACCUGGUGAUACAAUUCCAUGUUUGAUUAUUUUCUGCAAACUCUUCGUGUCAAAACCGAAUCUUCUGCACCAAUGUUAAAAUUAUGGUUUAGCCGUAAUCUCUUUUUCCCACUUCGCUUAAAGUAAGUCAGGUUAUUUCUUCA